CUGGUCUGGCUUCAGUUACAAGGAGCACCACCAGGAAACAUCUCGGGGAUCCUGGUUGCAAGCAGUGGGGCUUAGAGUCUGCCUGCCCGUCUCUCCGUCGCCCUGUGGGGAGGGCCUUGCCUUGGCGUCCCUUGUGUUUGACUGCAAAGAAAUCCGCGUGGAGGAAGGGGUUACACCGUUUGGCCUGGCAGGAACUCCGCUGAGCCCAACUUGCCGCCACAAUGCUCCUCCUGUUGCUGGGUAUCAUCGUCCUCCACGUCGCGGUGCUGGUGCUGCUGUUCGUCUCCACCAUUGUCAGCCAAUGGGUCGUGGGCAAUGGACACGCAACCGACCUGUGGCAGAACUGUAGCACCUCUUCCUCGGGCAACGUCCUCCACUGCUACUCAUCAUCCGCGAACGAAUGGCUGCAGUCUGUCCAGGCCACCAUGAUCCUGUCCAUCAUCUUCAGUGUCCUGUCCCUGUUCCUGUUCUUCUGCCAGCUCUUCACCCUCACCAAAGGGGGCCGGUUUUACAUCACUGGAGUCUUCCAGAUCCUUGCUGGUCUGUGCGUAAUGAGCGCGGCCUCCAUCUACACGGUGAGGCACCCGGAAUGGCAUUUCAACUCGGAGUACUCCUAUGGCUUUGCCUACAUCCUGGCCUGGGUGGCCUUCCCCCUGGCCCUUCUCAGCGGCGUCAUAUACGUGAUCUUGCGGAAACGCGAAUGAGGCGCCCAGACAGCUGGUCUGAGGCACUGAGCAUACCUAGGGGAGGGGAGGAAGGAAACCAGAAACCAGAAAAAAAAAAAAAAAAAAAAAAAAAAAAGAGCUAGCCCAAAAACCCAAACUCAAACCAAACCAAACAGAAAGCAGUUGAAAGGGGGGGGUUAGUGUUGACUGAAGAUGUAUAUAAUAUCUAUGGUUUAUAAAACCUAUUUAUAACACUUUUUACAUAUAUGUACAUAGUAUUGUUUGCUUUUUAUGUUGACCAUCAGCCUUGUGUUGAAUCUUAAAGAAGUAGCUAAGGAACUUGACAUCCUAACCGUGUAAUCGAGCUCAGUAUUUUCCGUUCUCUGUUUUUCGUUCUUUUUGUUUUGCCCAGUCAUGAAAUAACUCCGUCUUGCCCCUUCCCUUUUAUCAGAAAGAAGAUACCUCCCUUCCGCUCCACCUCAUUGAGAAAACCAAAGUGUGGGUAGAAACCCUGAAUGGCCAAAACCCUUAAAUUGUGGGUGGCCCCGUGCUUCUCCCACAGAGACGGGCGCUGCGCACAACCCCGUGCGAAGCCUCACGCUCACGUGCGGGAAACCCCCAAACUGGAGCCCUUGGCAAAAACACAGCUUGUGGCCUCGGAAUGCUUGCCCUUGACGGUGGGUGUCUCGGUCACAUAUCGAGAUGAGAAAUCGGUGACAAGAAACCCAUGAAAUGGUGCUAUAUAUCUACCAUUCCUUAGUAUCACUAAUCAUCUAAACCACUCACUGGAAAUUCAAUUAACGGUUUUACAACAUAAAGUAGAAUGGAGACCUGAAUAAAUAAUUCUCUGUAAUAUAAAUGGUUUAUAACUGCUUUUGUACCUAGCUAGGCUGCAGUUAUUCCAAUAAUAGAUAAAUAAUAAACACAGCCUUUAUCGCUCCCACAUUCUUCUUACGGUCGGAGCAUCGGGACAAGCUCUAGACCCUCCUCCACCCCCACCCCGCCCGGGACUGUGCGUUUCCAGGGCUCAGCUGGGUCUAGACUGUUCUCUGCCUCCAAGGACUGUCUGGCAAUGACUUGUACUGGCCACCAACUGUAGAUGUAAAUAUGGUGCCCUUCUGAUGCUAAGACUCCAGACCUUUUUUUUUUUUUUUUUUGCCUGUGCUUUUUUUCUGAUUUUAUACCAACUGUGUGGACUAAGAUGCAUUAAAAUAAACAUCAGAGUAACUCA